AAUCACUGAAGUUAACCCAACAAGCUCGAGUAGAAGCAAAGAAACUCGCUCUGCCAGCAGGUCAGCUGUGCGGAGCUCAGCCUGCACAAGGCCAAAAGGCACCAGGAGCCUUAACUUUGCUGAGGCCACAACUCUCUCACCGUCAGGAACGGGCUUUCCCUAGGGAACGGAGCGAUGUUCCACAAGCCUUAACAGCACAGAAAACAAAGCGAUUGGGAAGGAAGUUAAACGAGUUGUAUCUUUAAAACAGCCUCAUCGCAUCACGAAGCCUCAGAGACGCGGACAGCGAUUCAGACAGAACGCUGCAGCCCGGCACGUGGAAGUCUAAGGCAUUUUAGAGCCGGUUUCCCGUCGGCGCUGACCCGGGGCUGACAGCCUCUCUCCGCCUCUACCGCCCCCCGCGCCAGGGCCGCUGCCGCCCGCUUGCGGCGGGAGGAGCGGGGAGACACGGAGUGGCGGCGGAGCUGCGGCCGGAGAGCUGCGGAAACCGGGAAACAACGGCGGGUUCCUCCCUGCCUCCCACCCUCCGUCCCCUCCCGGCAGCCACACGGCCUGUUCGACGGCCGCAGACAAAGGGAGGAAGCGGGGACGAGCCGGCGGUGGCAGCCUCCAUUCGGCCGCAGGCUCCGGACGGCCGCAUCCCAUCCCCGCUCCGCAGGUCGCCGGGCGGAGGACGCGCCGAGGGCUCACCAGGAUCCGCUUGAAGAGGUGGUGGAAGAAUAAGAAACAAGAUGAAACCUUCACAAAGUGUCUGGCUUUUCAAGAACCUGCUCUCCAGUUGCUACUGCUAUGGUCACCUUCACAACGCUCCUCUUCCUUCUGUUGCAAAGAAGAUAAGUUAUGUGAUGAGGCUGCACAGCUGUGGCUUUUGGAGGCCAGAAUCUUUGUUGGACACAGCUCGAUUCUCUCUGUCAUUUCAUGGUCGGCUUAGGAAGAAGCAUCAGGACUCUCGAGCAUUGUGGAAGCAUGAGGCUGUGCAGAAGUAUCUGGAAACUCUAAGCAGGGAAUACCAGCAGGUUAAUCAUCUGCUAAAUGCUGAUUCAAAAAAUGAAUUUGAGCAAAGAAACCUGAGGAGAAGACAUGCUGAUCUAUCCCCAGUUGCAACUGCAUUUCAAGAAAUCAAAGAGUCUGAAAGUGAGCUCCAGGAAUUGGAAACUAUGUGUAGAGAGCUAGACAGCAGAGAUGAGAAGCAACUUCUAGAGCUUGCCUUGGAAGAGAAGGAAACCCUCGAUCAAAAAAUCAACGCGCUGUGCAGAAAGCUUUUCCAGCUUCUUGUGCCAAAGGAGAAGUAUGAUAAAAGUCAUGUUAUAUUAGAAGUGACAGCUGGCAGAACAACUGGAGGUGACAUCUGCCAACAGUUCACUAAAGAAAUGUUUGAGAUGUACCAGAACUAUGCAGACUAUAAAUGCUGGACCUUUGACAUUCUGAACUACGUGCCGGCUGAGAUAGGUGGGUUGCAUCAUGCAGCUGCUCAUAUUUCAGGAGAUGAUGUCUACAGGCAUCUGAAAUAUGAAGGAGGGACUCAUCGAGUCCAGCGAAUCCCUGAGACCGGACUGUCAUCGAGAAUGCAGCGUAUUCAUACGGGGACAAUGUCAGUUAUUGUGCUCCCUCAGCCAGAGGAGGUUGAUAUUAAAGUGGAUCCCAAAGAUCUGCGUAUAGAUACAUUCCGGGCCAAAGGAGCAGGAGGGCAACACGUCAAUAAAACUGAUAGUGCUGUGAGGAUUGUACAUCUUCCCACAGGGGUGGUAGUUGAGUGCCAGCAGGAGCGAUCGCAGCAGAUGAACAAGGAAAUGGCUCUGCGGACACUGAGAGCUAAGCUGUACCAGCAGAUCAUUGAAAAACAACUGAGUCAAGAGCAGAGCGCCAGGAAACUGCAGUUGGGAACGAGAGCCCAGGCAGAGAGAAUUCGUACUUACAACUUCACCCAAGACAGAGUCACUGACCACAGGAUCUCGUAUGAUGCGCGCAAUAUCAAGGAAAUUCUGAGUGGGAAAGAAGAACUGGAUAAGCUAAUAAACAGGCUCCUGGAGUUUGCGGAGAUGGAGGCUAUCACAGAGUACCUAGAAAACCUGCAGUCUGUAGGAGGAGAAGGCUGCUGAAGACCUUGUGUGGAGCUAAGGCAGAACUGGGACAAGUACAAAGUCAAAGCUACUUUGAGAAGGGGCAGCCGUGCCCAUCAGUGCUCUUGCAGGCAUUCUUGGGUCAGCUGAAGGUGGGUGUGGACCACGUGCUGUGCUGGGUGCAGAAGUGCUUGCUAUGAAGUCAAAUGAAGACGACAACACUUUGGAAGGAGUUUGGUGGUGAUAAUGGGCAGCUUCCUGCUUCUUGACGGAAAGUGAGUUCACACUGCAGAUGUAUUUUAGUAAAUAAGGUGCGUCUGGAAUUCAGCUUCUGCCUUGAUGUCUUUGGGAAUGUGUGCCUGGCUCUGUGGGCAAACCAGGCAUCUGUAGAGAGCUCAGCUUUAGCAGGGCCUGCAUUCACGUUUUCCCUUAAGCACGCAUUGUGCAAUGUGUUCACACGCACUGGUGCGUGGGCAGGCAGCGGGCAGAAGCAGACGUGUUCACUUCUUAAACAUCACCCAAAAUGACUGUGAUGCUGUCUACAUAGGUAUGAGUACAUACAGUGCUCUCCUGAACUAUACAUACAUUUUAUCUAUAUCAAUACUAUUUAUCAUGAUUUUUCAAUAAACAAAACGUUAACUAUAAUGAAAUAUUCAUAGAAACACAAACCAGCUUAGAUUCAGAGGGGCCUCAAGGCCCAGCCAGCUCCAACCCUGUGCUGUGGGCAGUGCCACCCACCAGAUCCAGCUGCCCAGGGCACCAUCCAGCCUGGCUUUCAGUGCCUUCAGGAAUGGAGAAAAGUUAACACAUAAGGCGCUGUGAUAGUGGAAAGAUGGAUUCUAACCUUCCAUUCGUAAAUAGACCAGUACUGCUAUCUUAUCUUGAUUACUUUCAGUGAAUCACCAGUGGAAUGCAGAAGGGAAUGUAGCAGAGAUCCUGGCUCUGCAGAUGGGUGUAUUUUUAUGACGCACUGAGCUGUUCACUAUCACUGAGCCCCAUCCCUGGAUGCCCCAUCCAUGCAGGCAUUCAAGGCCAGGCUGGAUGUGGCUCUGGGCAGCCUGGUCUGGAGUUUGGCGACCUGCACAUAGCUGGUGGGUUGAAAGUGGAUGAAAAGUGUGGUCCUUUUCAACCCAGGUCAUCCUAUGAUUCUGCCCCAAGCCUGUAACAUUGCCUACAACAGUUCCUCCCAGCUUGGUGUCAUCUGCAGACUUACUGAGGGUGCACUCAAUGCUUGUGUCCACAUCUUCUAUAAGAUACAGAACGCGACAGGCCCCAGUACUGACCAAUAAAUGUUAGGUAGUCUUAAAACACCUUGAAUACGUGAGCAACAGCAAUACAGAUCAUUUCAAUAAAAGCUUUAUUUGGUAUUUCUGUAUAAACUCCACUUCAAAGACUCGCAGUAUUUUGUCAUUGCAAUAGAGAAUUCUAAACAGAGAACAGCUGGUAACACAAAAGAAAAUGAUGGCUUUGAAUGACUCCAUGUUCCACACUGCACCCCUUCUGUAAAACAAGUGAUGAAAAGCCCAAACCAAAUCCCAAAGCUCAGUUGGUUGGUCGCAGCAAUGACUCAUGGCUCAUAGGACAAACAGCAGGUAGAAGGUGAGACAACUCGAGAGGUGGAUACAACAGAGGCGAUGCCUGACAGACCACGAGCAAAGGGCUAAAGCAGCAACUGAAGGGAUACAGACAGCUCGGAACCAAAAAGCACAAGGAUGGAAGGGCUGCAAGCUCCAUAAUGAGGAGUGGAAUGGAUUCUAUCCUGUGAAAACAAAUCCUGGAGGAAACCAAAGAGCACGGAGCCGGCCUAAGGCCUCAGUAGGGCUGGGGACAGGAGGAGGUGUUUGCUAGCACGAUGGUGACACAGAGGUUUGCAUAUAUCGGAAUACUGGAGGAAGACAGGUUGAGGAAGACACCAGUAGUUUAGACAAGGGUCAAACAACAACAAAAAUUUGCCAAAUUGGGAAAAUCUGCUAACAGCGGCUCAAGGAAGCGAGUUUUGAACGCUUGUGUUAUCAGAUUGUUUUUCAGCAUCUCCUUAAGGAACUUAACUACAGGUACCACAAAUCACUGCCUAUGACAGCUUGAACGUGACAAAACAUCUCUGAGAACAGAUGAUAAUAUUUUGGGAACCUCACUGAAGAAAGAAAUCUUUGGAGGACAGAAGCCUACAGAAGAGCGCUACUAAGAAAGUCAUUUAAUAUACUUUAGGCUUGGAGUAACACAGGUACUGCAGGGCAAAAGAAAGAGCACAGAAUGAGCACAGCAG